AUGGGAGGAGCCCAGCCUACCGAUGAAAACGAUGACGGACUUAUAGCGGAGGCGAAUCUCUUUGACGCUGCUGGCGGAGGAAGCGAGGGGGAUUUGGUUGGCGUGGCACCGGCAGAUGAAGACUUGGCGAUGGCAUGGUCUGGCUCUCGGCUAGUGCGGUCAACCUCCAUGUCUUCUACAGGAUCUGCGGAUGCUGAGGAGUCCGAGGAGUGGCUGACGAGCUUGGUGGAGAAGAGCAAAGCAGCGGGAGCCAAGGGAGCCCGGAGCAAAGGUCCGAAGGGCGGCAAAUGGACCAAGGAAGAGGACACCCGUCUUCGAGAGAUCGUCGAGCACCACGGAGCUCGGAAUUGGCGGAUGGUAGCCGAGCAGCUGGGAACUCUUCGUUCUGACGUUCAAUGUCUUCACAGAUGGAACAAGGUUCUUCGACCAGGCCUUCACAAAGGCCCUUGGACUGAAGAGGAAGACAGCAUUGUCAGGGAAUGCGUGGAGCAUAGCGGGGCUCAAAAGGUUAAGUGGUCCGUCGUGGCUUCCCGACUCCCUGGCAGGAUAGGCAAGCAAUGCCGCGAGCGAUGGUUCAACCACCUAGACCCAAGCAUUAAGAAGGGUGAAUGGAGUCCGGAGGAAGAUCGAAUCGUGUUCGGGGCACAGGCGUACAUGGGCAAUAGGUGGUGCGAGAUCGCAAAGUUGCUUCCAGGUCGAACAGAGAACGCUGUAAAGAACCGCUUCAACUCGUCGGCGAGGAAAAAGUGGCUGGAUCAGAACCCAGGAGGUGCUAGUCAGCUUACACCAGAUCUUCUGAACAAGCUGAAGGAGGCCUACGAGCAGAUGCAAGUACAGCCGGCCUCAGGCUCCCAAGGAAUGUCCGACGAAAGUGGAACCGACAACGACACCAAGGAGCCUUCCACCCGAGCUGCUGCCGCCCAGCAUCACCGACGCCACGACUCCACACCCAGCGCCUUCGGUGAUGAUGAUUUACUCCACCCCGGCGGCGAGCAGUUGACAUCGCCUCCGCAGCCGAUGCAUGCCCGCCGGCACUCAGCUGCUGGGGCGCUGACGGGAAUGCUGAGUGAUUCUCCCGAGAGUGAACGAAGAUUCCGUCGGCGCAUGGGGCAAGAAGACGUGGAAGCACGUUCCGCCCAGGCACAGGGGGCAGUUCGGGCUCGCGCAGGUGCUUCCGAAAGAGCGGGGCGUGAGUCAGAGAAACAUACGAGCUCUCUCGCAGUUGUCAACGAGCUCCAAACUGUCAAGACGGAAGAACUGGAGCAACCGGCCACUACGAAGGAGCGGUCGGAGAAGCAAGACCAUUCACAUCUGCUAGCGCCACAUGGUUCCGCGGAAGCACCAGCUGGUGGACGAGGCCAGUCCCACAUGCUGCAUCGCAUGUCACCCCCACAGCACCCCCACUCUCGACUUCCUGGGCACCCACCAAGGCCGUUUGCAGGCCCAAGCAGGAGCACAGGGGCUGGCCCUGGCGGUGCAGGAGUCGGAGAUGGGGGAAUGGGUGCUCUUCUCGGGGUAGCGAGUCAGCUUCGACCUCCACGGAUCGACACGAACUCGACCGUGAAACGAGAGAGCGGCGGCGGACCUGCAAGCCUCUCGCAACUUCUCCUCACUAGCCCGUUCGGCUCGAACGAUGGUGCGCGUUUCGCUGCGACGAACGAUGCCAUAGGCCAGCCAAACACACACACGGCGGAAAUGGAAACAUCGACGGCGCCGGCAGGAGAGAGCUAUUCGUCCGCUACUGCGGAAUCUCCUGUUUCCCAAGCGGUGCGUGAAACGAGACGCCAGGGGACGCGGAUGCAGGAAGGAGAACAGGUGCCAUUGUCGGUCCUUCCGUAUUUCCGCUUCCUGAGUGAGGAAGCCCAGCGAAAUGUCAUGUCUCAGCUCAUCGACAACUUCCAAACCACGUCCAUCGGAAAAAGAGGGGUUGCGUCAACGUCGUCUGCGUCGGCAGCCACCUCCUCGGCUUCGUCUCCUGGAGGACUAGCAUUCAUGCGAUCACCGUUCGCAAAGGGACUCGCACCGGUUGGAUCCGGUGGGGCGACGGCCUCGGCCGGCAACGGAUCCUCGUCGCCAGCAUUCGAAGUGGACGCGAUGAUGGUGGACCACCACAGGGUAGGCGGCACUGGGGCAUCUAUUAGUGCGGCCGUUGCUGCUGUUGAGGCGCAUGCCAGCAGCGAUCACGACAUGAACCGAGUGCUACCCGCACCCGGUGUCUCUACCGCGGCGAACUCGGAAGCGGCAAUGGAGCAAAGCCGCCUCCCUCCUCUCCGGCAGGAUCCCAGUGAUGGCAGGAAUUCAGGCGGAUUUGGCAGAGUGAACGGAUCUAGCAUGGGCAAAAAUGGCAGCUCCCUCGACCUCGCGGGCCCUAACCCUCCUGCAGUACCCGCAAGCACGGGUAGAGACCCUACGACGAGGUCGCCACGAUCACAUAUGAGACAUGCGUCGGAGAGUGCACUACCUUCCGCUGCCAUGGCUGCCGCCGCUGCCGCUGCAAUGCAGACAGAGCCGAUGGACGACGGUGGAAGGCGGAGCGAUUGGAACCAACGGAUGGGAAGACAUCGGCCACCGUCGCGUUAGCUUUGAGACAGCAGUCUUGGUGCGACGAACGACCUUCCCCCCGAUUUUGUGAUGUAUAUCUUCGGCAUAUUAUUCGUGAGGCGUGAGUUGGUAACAUAAAAUGAAGCCAUGGUGCUUUGAUACAACUUUCGAAUGUAAAGAUCCCCAAAAGAAAGGUGCUAGCCAAGCGACCCCGAGAAGCAUUCCCAAGCUUCGUUCCGUAGACAAGCUUGCAGCGCUAAGCGUUAUGAUGGCUCGUAGGAGCUAGUAAACCAAGAUAGAGUGCUUAUAGGCACCUCGGUGACCUUCGGGAUAAAUGAGAUUUGACGAGUAGCGUAGGUACAGAUUUUGAUGGGUAGGAGGCGAGAGUGGGAAAAAGGCACCUUGGCCAUUUCUCGGACACUGGAUACGACGGAGUACCUAGCGACCCAAGCGUUCGCUGUCGCUCGUAUCAUGUACAAAAUUUUAAUGUUGUAAUCCGGAGUGUUUUCU